AUGGUACCUCUCAUCCUUGCGUACCAUGGCCUCACUGUGCCUCUGAUCGUGAUGAGCAUUUUCUGGGGCUUCGUGGGCAUUCUCGUGCCCUGGUUUAUCCCCAAGGGUCCUAACCGGGGAGUUAUUAUCACCAUGUUGGUGACAUGUUCAGUUUGCUGCUAUCUCUUUUGGCUGAUUGCAAUUCUGGCCCAGCUCAACCCUCUCUUUGGACCACAGUUGAAAAAUGAAACCAUCUGGUAUCUGAAGUACCACUGGCCUUGAGAAUGAAGACAGCUCCACAGUGCCCAGGCACUGAGGUCACAAAGAGAAUGCCUUUUAGAUGCAAAAUCACCUCCA